UCUGUUGUGGGAACAUGGCGGCUGUCGCGGGCCCGGUUGCGGAGUAAGUUUCGGAAAGAGACUGGCCUGUUCUAGUGUGUGCGCCUGGGGCACUCGACUCUUCCCUCGCUCCCGUUCCAUGUCGUAGGCACAGCUUACUGUGUUGCCCUCAGAGAUGACUUCGAAGGUUGAGAGAGCUUUGGUGACAGCGGCCGAGUCAGAUCACUAAACAAAAAUUCUACCAAAGAAAAUGCUGAAAUAGGAGUUACGGAUACAUGGCAUUUGCUGGAUGAAAUAUAAGGAGUUAAUUUUUGUAACGUGGGGAGAAAGCCCAAAUUGCCAGAUUACAUGUGUAAAUCACUGCGUUAUUGCUUUAGUCAUUGUCUCUAUUUAGCAAUGACAAGACUGGAAGAAGUAAACCGAGAAGUGAACAUGCAUUCUUCAGUGCGUUAUCUUGGCUAUUUAGCCAGAAUCAAUUUACUGGUUGCUAUAUGCUUAGGUCUUUAUGUAAGAUGGGAAAAAACAGCAAAUUCUUUACUUUUGGUCAUUUUUAUUCUUGGUCUUUUUGUUCUUGGAAUUGCCAGUAUACUCUAUUAUUAUUUUUCAAUGGAAGCAGCAAGUUUAAGUCUCUCCAAUCUUUGGUUUGGAUUCUUGCUUGGCCUCCUAUGCUUUCUUGAUAAUUCAUUCUUUAAAAAUGAUGUGAAAGAAGAAUCAACCAAAUAUUUGCUUCUAACUUCUAUAGUAUUAAGGAUAUUAUGUGCUUUGGUGGAGAGAAUUUCUGGUUAUGUCCGCCAUCGACCCAUUUUACUAACCACAGUUGAAUUUUUGGAACUUGUUGGAUUUGCCAUUGCCAGCACAACUAUGUUGGUGGAGAAGUCGCUCAGUGUCAUUUUACUUGUUAUAGCUUUGGCCAUGCUGAUUAUUGAUCUGAGAAUGAAGUCUUUCCUAGCCAUUUCGAACUUAGUUAUUUUUGUAGUCUUAUUAUUUUUCUCUUCAUUGGAAACUCCCCAAAAUCCAGUUGCUUUUGCAUGUUUUUUUAUUUGCCUGAUAACUGAUCCUUUCCUUGACAUUUAUUUUAGUGGACUUUCAGUUACUGAGAGGUGGAAACCUGUUUUGUACCGUGGAAGAAUUUGCAGAAGACUUUCAGUCAUUUUUACUGGAAUGAUUGAGCUUACAUUUUUUAUUCUUUCAGCAUUUAAACUUAAAGACACUCAUCUCUGGUAUUUUGUAAUACCAGGCUUUUCCAUUUUUGGAAUUUUCUGGGUGAUUUGCCAUAUUAUAUUUCUUUUAACUCUUUGGGGAUUCCAUACUAAAUUAAAUGACUGCCAUAAGGUGUAUUUUACCCACAGGGUAGAUAACAACAGCCUCGACAGAAUCAUGGCAUCCAAAGGGAUGCGCCAUUUUUGCUUAAUUUCAGAGCAGUUAGUUUUUUUUAGUCUUCUAGCAACAGCUAUUUUGGGAGCAGUUUCCUGGCAGCCAGCAAAUGGAAUCUUCUUGAGCAUGUUUUUAAUUGUUUUGCCAUUGGAAUCCAUGGCUCAUGGGCUCUUCCAUGAAUUGGGUAAUUGUUUAGGAGGAACAUCUGUUGGAUAUGCUAUUGUGAUUCCUACCAACUUCUGCAGUCCUGAUGGACAACCAACACUUCUUCCACCCGAACAUGUACAGGAGUUAAAUUUGAGAUCUACUGGCAUGCUCAAUGCUAUUCAAAGAUUUUUUGCAUAUCAUAUGAUUGAAACCUAUGGAUGUGACUAUUCUACAAGUGGACUGUCUUUUGAUACUCUACAUUAACUGAAAGCUUUUCUUGAACUUCGGACUGUGGAUGGACCUAGACACGAUACAUAUGUUUUGUAUUACAGUGGGCACACUCAUGGUACAGGAGAGUGGGCUCUUGCAGGUGGAGACAUACUGCGCCUUGACACACUUUUAGAAUGGUGGAGAGAAAAGAAUGGUUCCUUCUGUUCCCGACUUAUUAUUGUAUUAGACAGUGAGAAUUCAACCCCCUGGGUGAAAGAAGUAAGAAAAAUCAAUGACCAGUAUGUUGCAGUGCAAGGAGCUGAGAUGAUAAAGACAAUAGAUAUUGAAGAAGCUGACCCACCACAGCUGGGUGACUUUACAAAAGACUGGGUAGAAUAUAACUGCAACUCCAAUAAUAACAUCUGCUGGACUGAAAAGGGACGCACGGUGAAAGCAGUGUAUGGUGUGUCAAAACAGUGGAGUGACUAUACUUUGCAUUUGCCAACAGGAAGUGAUGUGGCCAAGCACUGGAUGUUACACUUUCCUCGUAUUACAUAUCCACUAGUACAUUGCAAUUGGUUGUGUGGUCUGACUUUUUGGAUUUGCCAAAGUUGCUUUAGGUGCUUGAAAAGAUUAAAAAUGAGUUGGUUUCUUCCUACUGUGCUGGACACAGGACAAGGCUUCAAACUUGUCAAAUCUUAAUUUGGAAGCCAAAGUAGAAUAUUAGUAUAUCGAGAGUUCAUACUACCAUUUAUCAUUAAUUUGCCAUUUUUUGUACAUUAUAUUCUUAUUUUUGAAAAAUAUCCUGUUACUUCUGUAGCUUGCUUUUACUUCUCUCAAUUAUGGUAUGUACGAUGUUUGGAAUAACCAUUCUUUCAUAUUAAAAAUAUGUGGAGAUUAAAAAAUUCUGACUGUAAAUGCAUAAAAGAUGUUAAAAUAGCAGUGCACUUUGAGAAAUGUUUGCAUUAGAAAUAAAACACUUGCUCAUAGAUUAGAGGUUGUAGACCAAACAAUUUGUUUACUAUUAUAAGAAAAUUAUGAAUGUGCUUACAGAAGAUUAUUUUUGUGAACAGUAGGUUUGAGUCCAAGACCACUUGAAGAAUUACAAAUUCUUUCUUUGGAAAGAAAAAGAAGUUUACCUGGCAUGCAUGCAAAAUUUGCUUAUAGUCCAUCUAUUCAGAUGUCUAGGUGUAACUUGUUACCAGUGUAGCAGGUAAGCACAAAUCACUGUUUAGUUCAAAACAUUUUUUAUGUUGGUAGUAGUAAGAGGCUAGAGCCAAAAGUUGCUCCUUCAUGAAUUGUUGGGGGCCUCUGAAAGUACUGAAAAUUUUAAGUGUCUUUCUCAGGGCAACUUUUUUCUUUGUCUGUUUUUUUAAUGAGCAGUGUUUUCAGCUACAAAUUCCUUCCAAAAAAAUUAUCUUCCUUUUCAAAAAGUAAUCCUUAAAUUUAGCAAUUUCUUAUUGAUUUAGUCUAUUUUCAGUAUUCAGAAGUUAUUUUGAUCUCUAUAAAUUUAAAGUUCUGAAGUUCUAGCACGAACAUUAUUUUAAAAUCUUCGUGAUAAUUUUUUUAGUUAAGGUAAAAAGAUUGACAACAGGUAUAUACAUGUAAUGUAUUAUGUAAAAGUGUAUUCAUAUUAACAAUUUUAGAUAAGCGCAAUGGUGUGGUUGUAAUUGUUAAAACCUAAUUCAGUGUUUGGACUGAUUAAAGCAAGCAUUAAUCAGAUCAGGACAUCUUCAAAGAGCUAAUUUACCUCCUAUUCCUUCUAAUAAUCCUUACAUUCUAAAUUUUUAUCUCUGGGAAAUAGCAAGAAGGGAAUAUAAUUACAUUGGGGAAAAUCUAAUCUUUGCUGUUUAAAUGGUGUCCCUUCUCACUCAAAGCCAUUUCUCCAGUCUCAGAGACACAAAAUAAUGCUUCUACCAUUUUAUGACUGGUGACUUUAAAACUGAAGUUUUAGUUAGGAAGAAGUCACUAAGUGUCAGGGAACUUGUAUUCCACUAUCUAUGCAGCAUUGUUAUAGUCUGAUUAUUUCUGUGUUUUGAAUAUGAUUUUCCUAAUGCUUUGAAUAAAAUUUUUUUAAAAAUUAA